GGAAAAUUAGUCUUUGAUAAUAUUCUGACGACUACUGGUUUUCGCACAUCUUGGUAGAGAGGAAAAGAUACAUCUGAUAAGCUGUGAUCGCAAGUGGCCAUAAAAUGAAUAACAAAUUGCCUCUAGUUUCUCUGGUCUGCAUUCUUUUGAAAUUCUCUAAUGUGGAAUGCAUCGUGGGUGGUCACACAGCGAUUCCUAAUGCUGCACCCUACAUGGUUUCAAUUCAGAACCCGACACACAUCUGCGGUGGUGUUCUGGUGGCAAACAACUGGGUAUUAACGACUGCAUCGUGUGUUUUUGGCAAAUCUAAUCUCAAGGUCUUAGCGAAUUCCCACCGACUGCUGACCAAUAUGGAGCGCGUUGGGGCGUCCGUGUCGGUUGUGCACCCUCAAUACAAUGCGGCAUCUGGUAUUAACAACGUCGCACUUCUGAAACUGGAUCGGCCUGCAGUUUCAACUCAGAAUAGUGUUAUAGGUCUGAAUGAUGCUGUCGUUAUAUCGGGAGCUCCAACGGCGUUCUAUGGUUGGGGAUCCCUUGUCUACGGCUCUGCUGCUAAAUCCAACGAGUUACAGACACUCUACCAAAAAACACUUUCCGCUGCUGAUUGUGCAAAGAAAUAUCAAAAUAAUGGAGGUUUGAUUUCCGGAUACAUCUGUGCUCAUAUCCAACCGGGUCAAGCUGCGUGUUCGAAAGAUCAAGGUGGACCGCUAGUGGACUAUAGAAGUGGAAAACUGAUAGGAAUCUACGAUCAUGGAAUAUUGUGUAGCGGCAAUUAUCCGGAUGUAUUUGUCGAUGUAGCUGCAUUCAAAAGCUGGAUUCAAACAACUAUGAGCACUUAAAUUUUUUUGUUUUUUGAGUUAACCCAAUAAACUGUAAACAGUA